AUGGCUGGUGCAGAGCUGGAAGAUUUAUGCUCUCAUAUCAAUGAAAAAAUUUCCCAUGUUAAGAAAAUUCUGCAAUUAAAAAACAUAGGACAUGAUCCAGCCUUAAAGACUGUAUUUCAGAAAAUUAGACAUGAAAUGACUCUUCUAAAUGACCUUUUAAACAAGUUGGAGUUGGAGGUUCAAUAUCAAGAACAUGUCAGGAAUUCACUUAGGGAGUUACAAGAAUCCCUUGAUGGAAAUUACAAAGAAAUAAAUAACCUUAAGGAAAAUAUUCCUCCCCAUUUGCCCAAAGUAGUCCAGACCUGUGUAGUGGAACCAAACGUUAAUUCUGAAAAACAAGUUAAAAUUACAGCAUCCAAACACCCAAAGAAACCCCAAAAAGAGCAAAAACCAAUCAAAGAAAUUUUACUAAUAACUUCUGAUGAAUUCGAUAAUGUACCUGCUUAUAUGAAAUCUCGUCUGACAUAUUGUCAAAUUAAUGAUUUUAUUAAAGAAAUCAACAAGGCAGUGGCUAGUAAAUAUAGAAUCCUAAAUUUGCCCAAAAAAUCUAUGAAUCCUUCUAUCAGAAAUCUGUGUGACAGAUUCAUUGAAGAUGAAAACAAGGAUACCAAAGGCCAAUACUUUGUAGUAGAAGCUGAUAUAAAGGAGUUCACCAAUUUGAAAGUUGACAAGCGGUUUCAUGUGAUACUGAACAUUUUAAGGCACUGCCGACGACUCUCAGAAGUCCGUGGAGGAGGACUUGUCCGUUACGUUAUAAAUUAAGAAGUUUUGACAAUUUCACUGACAUUAUUGCAUAGACUGUUUUGUAA